AUGGCACCUUCGGCGAGAUACGAGUCCAGCUCCAGCGAUGCCUCUGCCUUGGGCAAGCCUCUCAAGUUCGAGUUCUCUGGACAAUCCGCUCCCAACCGCUUCCUCAAGGGUGCCAUGACAGAGCGCAUGUCCAGCUGGGACCCCGAGAACCUCGAGGCUCGCGGUGUACCUUCCAAGAACCUCAUCAACCUGUACCGACGAUGGGGCGAGGGCGGCAUUGGUCUCAUUCUUACCGGCAACAUCAUGAUCGAAUACGACCAACUCGAGGCUGCCGGCAACCCCAUCAUUCCCCGCGACUCCGAUUUCUCCGGCGAGCGAUUCGAGGCAUUCAAGGAGCUGGCCACAGAAGCAAAGAAGCAUGGCUCCCUCAUCGUCGGCCAGGUCUCUCACCCGGGACGACAGGUCGAGUCCAAGAUUCAGAAGAACCCCGUCUCCGCCAGCGACGUCCAACUGAAAGGCGAGGUCAUGGGCAUGACCUUCGCGAAGCCCCGCGCUGCCACCGACGAGGACAUUGCCAACAUCAUCCAAGGCUUUGUCCACGCAGCCCAGUACCUUGAGAAGGCCGGCUACAGCGGCAUUGAACUUCACGGCGCUCACGGUUACCUCCUCGCGCAAUUCCUGUCGCCCACCACCAAUAAGCGCACCGACAAGUACGGCGGCUCCAUUGAGAACCGUGCCCGCAUCAUUGUUGAGAUCACCGACGCAAUUCGCAAGCGCGUGUCCUCGAGCUUUGUUGUAGGCAUCAAGCUCAACUCGGUCGAGUUCCAGGACAAUGGCUUCAACCCAGACGAGGCCAGGCAAAUCUGCAAGAUCCUCGAGGAGAACAAGUUUGACUUCGUCGAGCUGUCUGGUGGCACUUACGAGAAGAAUGCAUUCGUUCACCAGCGCGAGACCACCAAGAAGCGCGAGGGCUUCUUCCUGGAGUUUGCCGAGUCCAUCGCCCCCGUCCUCAGCAAAACAAAGACCUACAUCACUGGUGGCUUCAAGUCAGUCGGCGCCAUGGUCGCCGCUCUCGACGUCGUCGACGGUGUAGGCCUCGCGCGCCCUCUCGCGCAGGAACCCCGUCUCUGCAAGGACAUCCUCGAGGGCACCGUCACCGGCGCCAUCAAGCAGCGUAUCGACGAAAACAACUUCAUCCUGACCAACAUCGCAGCCGGCACGCAGAUGCGCCUGGUCGGCAAGGACCAAGAGCCCAUCGACCUCUCGCAAGAGGAGAACAUGGGGCCCUUCUUGCAGGACGUGGGCACGUGGACCGAGAAGAUGGCAAACAACACCAAUCAGCGGGAAUAUGGCUACGUCGACAUCACCAGCGCGCAGGUCGUGCCGUACGGGACUGCGUCUGCGUAG